AUGCGAGAGAAGUAUUGGUCAGUACACGGCCGACGACUUGUCCAAAGUGUCCUUCGCAGUUGCUACCGAUGCGCCCGAGCCAAUCCCGCACCGACAACGCAGCAGAUUGGACAACUUCCUCUUCAUCGCAUUACGCCCAGCCGACCGUUUACCGUUUCGGGGGUUGAUUACGCUGGACCAGUGUAUUUGAAGCCGGUACACAAACGAGCUGCUGCAAUGAAGGCAUACAUUUGCAUUUUCGUCUGCUUCUGUACCAAAGCAGUACAUAUAGAGCUGGUGAGCGACUUGUCGACGCAAGCCUUCCUGUCCGCCCUUCGUCGAUUCAUCGCUCGUCGAGGACAUCCGACCGACAUGUAUUCCGAUAACGGAAAAAACUUUGAAGGCGCCGCCAACGAGCUAGAGGAGGUUUACCGAAUGCUGAAGGAUGAGACGCAAAUGCACCACAUCACUUCAGAUCGCACCUGCGAACGAAUCACCUGGCAUUUCAACCCACCGAAAGCCCCACAUUUUGGAGGACUGUGGGAGGCGGCUGUAAAAGUGGCCAAGCGCCAGCUAUACCGUCAACUCGGAAACUCUAAACUGUCCUUCGAAGACCUAGCUACGGUACUUACGCAAAUAGAGGCCAGCAUGAACUCGCGCCCCAUCGUUCCGCUAAAUGAGGACCCGAACGACAUCUCAGCAAUUACUCCCGCCCAUUUUUUAAUCGGGGGCACUAUGCAUUCUUUAGCAGAACCGUAUCUUUGCCGAAUGCCACUAAACCGGCUAGACCACUACCAACGCCUUCAACGUACAUACCAGCAGUUCUGGCAUCACUGGAGGACGGAGUAUCUACAGGAAUUGCAACGGGACACCAAAACCUGCCAUCCCAAUACCGAUAUACAGCCAGGCAGAUUGGUAGUACUAAUGGAUGAGUUGCAGAUGCCGGUGAAGUGGCCGCUUGCCAGAAUAAUUGCAGUUCAUCCUGGUAGAGAUGAUCUGGUGCGAGUCGUUUCACUGCGUACCAGUCGAGGAGUCAUCACGAGACCUAUCACCAGAAUCUGUUUGCUGCCGACGGAGGAGAAUGAUGCCGAAUUACCGCAAGAGGAUAUUCAGCCCACAACCAGUCCUACGGAAAUUCUAGACGAUCACCAAGAAGGAACUCACUAA